CCCUGCAGCAACCCAGAACAGCAGAAGAAGGAAACAGACCCCCUCUACAACAUCUUCCAAUGAAAUGGAUAUCCAGCAACUUUCAUGUCUCUAUACUCUGGAAGUUGGAGUUGAGCUGCAGAAUGCAAAUGUUACUCUGGAUCCACACACAGCCCACCCCUGCUUCACCCCCUCGGAGGACUGUAAAAGUGUUCAAGAAGUUGUUCAAGAGCAAUACCUUUUCCCAGAUCCUGAGAGAUUUGAAAAUUGGCAAUACAUCCUUGGCUGUCAGGGGUUUUCAACAGGGAGACAUUUCUGGGAAGUCACUGUAGGAGAUAAGGAGGAAUGGGCUGUAGGAGUUGCCAAAAAGUCAGUGAAGAGGAAGGAUUACAUCGAUCCUUGUCCUCAGGUAGGGAUCUGGGAGGUUGGGAAAUGGGCAUGGAUUUACAGGGCCACCCUUUCCCAAGAAACCCCCAAACUGCCCCAGAAUCUGAGGAGGAUCCGAGUCGCUCUCAACUGUGAAGGGGGACAGGUGGCCUUUUUUGAUGCCCAGACCGCAGACCUGCUCUACAUGUUCUCAGAAGCUGCUUUGGCUGGAGAGACCCUUCUGCCCUCCUUCCUUUUGAACAACAAUGACUGGCUGACACUCGCUCCCUAAAGUGGGGACAUACAGUACUAUGCAAAACU